AUGUCCUCGGAGCGUCCCUUGUCUACCCUAGGGGUAAAAUCCGAAAAAGAACCGUCAAAGACUCCCCUCACUGAUCACCCGCCCCAUACUGUAGAGUAUGAUGGAGAGGGUCGCGAUGCGGUGGACGGCCCUUUCUUAUCGCCACGCAUUGCCGCAUAUGUUAAGAGGUUUGAAAACCAACUGAUUGAAUACAACCUGGAAGCCCGUGGUAUUGAAAGGGUGCAGCAACAUGAACGGAUGAAAAAGUUGACUUGGGUCUCGUACCUUCAAGCGUUCUUGCUCUGGGUCUCAAUCAAUUUGGCAGCCAACAACAUUACCCUAGGAAUGCUGGGGCCCGUUGUAUAUGGCUUGAGCUUCCUGGAUUCGGCACUCUGUGCGGUUCUGGGUGCUCUCGUUGGCGCAUUAGUUGCCUCAUGGAUGGCUACAUGGGGGCCAGUCUCCGGCGUCCGGACUAUGGCAUUCGGACGCUAUACGAUGGGGUGGUGGCCGAGCAAGAUUGUCGUCAUCCUGAAUCUAAUCCAAAUGCUUGGGUACUCCUUAAUUGAUUGCGUAGUGUGCGGGCAGAUCUUGUCUGCCGUGUCACCAAAUGGGAACAUGUCGGUAGCUGUCGGCAUCGUGAUCAUUGCAGUCAGUUGUUGGGUGAUAGCCACGUUCGGCUAUCAGGUCUUCCAUUACUACGAACGCUUCGCGUUCUUUCCCCAGAUUAUCGUAGUCUCUAUACUAUACGCUGUGUCUUCAUCGAAGUUUGAUCUAUCCACGCCUUCAUCUGGAGAUCCUCGCACACUUGCUGGGAAUCGGUUGUCGUUUUUCUCUAUCUGUCUCAGUGCUGCGAUCACCUAUGCUCCGCUGGCGGCCGACUUCUUCGUCUAUUACCCUGAGAGAACCUCCCGAGUGACACUCUUCUCUCUUUCAUUGGUAGGCCUUAUGGUAUCAUUCACUAUGGCGUUUCUUGUCGGUAUAGGACUUGCAUCUGGUAUUUCAAGUCAUCCAGAGUACGGCGCAGCAUACUCUAGGGGUGCAGGUGCACUUAUCGUCGAAGGAUUCGGACCUCUUCAUGGGUUCGGCAAGUUCUGCUCAGUGGUUGUUGCGCUAGGGCUUAUCGCAAAUACCAUCCCACCGACCUAUUCUGCCGGUGUCGACUUCCAGGUCCUUGGACGGUACGCUGAGAAGGUACCGAGAGCUAUAUGGAACACCAUCGGUGUUAUAAUCUACACCGUCUGCGCAUUAGUCGGUCGUAGCAACCUUUCCGACAUUUUCACCAAUUUCCUCGCUCUCAUGGGCUACUGGGUCGCAAUAUGGUUCGCCAUCAUUCUCGAAGAGCGGUUCAUCUUCCGAUUUCGUACUGGGUAUAACUGGAAUGUGUGGAAUGACCCCUCAAAGCUCCCUGUGGGCAUAGCCGCAUUUGUCGCCUUCGUAGUCGGUUGGGUCGGCGCAAUCCUGUGCAUGGCGCAAGUCUGGUAUAUUGGCCCUCUCUCCAGAUUAGUGGGUGAAUAUGGUGCAGAUAUGGGUAACUACGUUGGAUUCACCUGGGCUGGCCUCGUGUACCCGCCAUUACGGUAUGUCGAGCUGCGCAUGUUGGGCCGAUAA